AACGGAGAGAGUAGUUCUCUGGCGGCUACAACAGGAAAAUGAAAGUAAGGACAAAAACGGAAGAAGUAAAACUAAUGGGGUCCCAAAAUAAUAUCCAGAAACCAUAAAUACAACCUCCUGCCCUGCACAGCCUUCCUUUCUUCACCAACUCACCAGCCUUGGACGGUCUGCAUCUCUCCCCCUGAAAACUUCUCUCGUUUGCAGAUCGCCGACGAGGUUAACAUCCCUUUCUGAUCUAUCGAAUCAGUAAAAAACAAUGGCGUUCGAGAAGAUCAAGGUUGCAAAUCCCAUCGUUGAGAUGGAUGGUGAUGAAAUGACUCGAGUUAUCUGGAAGUCCAUCAAGGACAAGCUUAUUACCCCUUUUGUGGAGUUGGAUAUCAAGUACUUCGACCUUGGUCUUCCUCACCGUGAUGCUACCGAUGACAAAGUUACUGUUGAAAGUGCUGAAGCCACUAAGAAGUAUAAUGUGGCGAUCAAGUGUGCCACCAUCACUCCAGAUGAAGGCCGUGUAACGGAAUUUGGCUUGAAGCAGAUGUGGAGAAGUCCCAAUGGUACCAUCAGGAAUAUUCUGAAUGGAACUGUAUUUAGAGAACCAAUUCUCUGCAAAAAUGUUCCCAAGCUUGUCCCGGGCUGGACAAAGCCCAUCUGCAUUGGAAGGCAUGCUUUUGGUGAUCAGUACCGUGCCACUGAUGCUGUUAUCAAGGGACCAGGAAAACUGACUAUGACUUUCGAGGGAAAGGAUGGGAAAACUGAAACUGAAGUGUUCACAUUUACUGGUGAAGGCGGUGUUGCUAUGGCCAUGUACAACACUGAUGAGUCCAUCCGUGCUUUUGCUGAGGCAUCGAUGAACACUGCUUAUGAGAAGAAGUGGCCACUUUAUCUUAGCACAAAGAACACCAUUCUUAAGAAAUACGAUGGCAGAUUCAAAGACAUCUUCCAGGAAGUGUAUGAAGCCAGCUGGAAAUCAAAGUAUGAAGCUGCUGGAAUAUGGUAUGAGCAUCGUCUCAUUGAUGAUAUGGUGGCUUACGCUCUGAAGAGCGAGGGAGGCUAUGUGUGGGCAUGCAAAAACUAUGAUGGUGAUGUCCAAAGCGAUUUCCUCGCACAAGGGUUCGGGUCACUUGGAUUGAUGACAUCUGUUCUGGUCUGCCCGGAUGGGAAGACGAUUGAAGCUGAAGCAGCUCAUGGAACCGUUACCCGUCACUACAGGGUUCACCAGAAAGGUGGCGAGACCAGCACAAACAGCAUAGCCUCCAUCUUUGCUUGGACUCGUGGACUUGCACACAGGGCUAAGUUAGAUGACAACUCAAAACUCUUGGAGUUUACUGAGAAGCUCGAAGCUGCUUGUGUCGGUACAGUGGAGUCUGGAAAAAUGACCAAAGAUCUUGCUCUCAUCAUUCAUGGCUCAAAGCUCUCGAGGGACACUUACCUGAACACGGAGGAGUUCAUCGAUGCAGUUGCGGAUGAGCUCAAAACAAGACUCGGCGUCAAAGCUUAAGACAUUUGGGUAAAACAUUCGGCUACUCAGUCAUAUGUGGUUUAUCUGGUGGGUUUGUGAGAGUGGUUGAGAUUGGGAGGAAUAAAAGAAUUCAAGAUAUUUUGCUUAUUAAGAACGAUUUGUUUCAUCUGCAAUAAAUAUUUUCUAAACAUUCU